AUGCAUGAUUAUUCCGAGAAGUCUCUACCCAUAGGUUAUAAAUGGCGUUCAUCCAAAUGGUUCACCCUCUCAACCAUUGCAAUUGCCUUAUUUGCUGAAACUUUUCUAUAUGGAUUUCUCGUCCCAAUUCUGGGGUAUAUGCUUCAGAAGCGUCUCCAUGUAGAUCGAUCUCAGAUUCAGAUAUUCACCUCUGCCGUACUUGCUCUCCACGGUGCGCUGGCCAUGCUGUCUAGUCCUAUAAUUGGGCAUUUUGCCGAUAAAAGCCCGAAUCUUAAGUUCUGGCUGUUAUGUUCUCUUCUAUGGUGCAUCAUUGGCACUUGUAUGGUAGCCAUCACUCAUUCAGUCGCUAUUUUAUUCUUAGGGCGUGCAAUACAAGGAGUUGCUGGGUCCGCUGUAUGGAUCAUUGGCUUUGCAACUGUUGCAAGCAUAUACGAAGAGAACGAGCGAGGUUUUGGAUUGGGUGUGAUGUCAUCCUUUGCUAACAUGGGGACAGUUAUUGGACCUGCUGUAUCUGGUUUGCUCUUAGAGCUUACAGGAUAUUGGGUGUCGUGGUCCGUUCCGCUCGUGAUCUUAACAAUUGAUCUUUUAGCACGUGUGGUUAUGAUAGAGGCUGCAGAUACAACUGCCCCUUUGACUCCGGAUAGCAAUCUAGAGACAACGAGUUUACUCUCCGAAAGAGGGAACGAUCGCAAUGUAUCUGGUGGUUGGAGAUUCUGGAGAAUAAUGCUAACUGACGGCCGUGUCGUUACUUGUUUAUUUAUGACGAUUACGAGUACAGCUGUGAGCACAAGCUUUAACGCCACUCUGCCUCUGCAGGUUCAUGAGAUGUAUGGAUGGGGCCCUACUAUCGUUGGACUCCUCUUUGUUGGUCUUGUAGUUCCUGGACUUCUCAUCGGCCCAAUAGCUGGCUGGACUCGUGACCGAUUUGGAGCACGAAUUCCUGCCGUUGUUUGUUCUAUCGUCCAGUCAGUAUUUUUGGGACUUUUAGGUAUUUCUGGUAGUCAGGCUGGAGGUGGUGCGCUCUACAUAGCGUCUAUUAUUAUCAUAGGUGGCCUGCGACCAUUUGUGUCUGGUAAUGCACCUGUUGAGUUAGUUGAAGACAUUUUAGCUGCUGGGAAAGCACUUCAAAAAGAGACUCCUCAUGCUUUUGGGUCUCGAGGGUGUUUGUCGCGCGUGUUCUCCAUGCUCUAUGCUGGUGCAUCUCUUGGAAUGACGAUGGGUCCUAUUAUUGGCGGUUCCUUCAAGGAGCUGGUCGGGUACCGAUAUAUGAACUGCAUUUGGAGCUUUUUGUAUCUCAUAAUUGCCAUUCUUGCUCUGUGCUUUCUUGGACACAAAGGUAAAGAUGAGAGACUUAGCUCGGAGGAAAGGAUCUAG